UAUAUGAUGCAAAUUGCUUUCAACAGUUAACAACGCAUUGCUUGCUUAAAAAACGACAAGAUGGCUAGAAGAGAGAAUAUAGGUCUUGUAGUAGUGUUGCUCUUAUGCAUGAUAAUUCUUCUAUUGAACUUUCGGAAAAAGAUGGGAGUUGAUACGUACUUAAAGAAAUUUAGUACUGGAUUACUUGUACACAAUGGUUUAAUGUAUGACCAAAUGAAUGAGCUAAAUAUUAGUGACCGAAAAGGAGGCAAUGCUCAAAAAUUACAAUUUCCAGAAGGAAUAAAGGCCUUUCAAAAAACGUGGUCGCAGCUCGGUCAAGACAUUGAGAUAGAUCGUCUACUGAAACAAAAGAGGAAUGGUUUCUUCAUCGAAGUAGGAGGGUAUGAUGGCGAAUAUUAUUCAAACACUUUGUUCUUUGAAAUGGAGCGAAAUUGGACAGGUUUACUUAUCGAGGCAAACCCAUAUUUAUACGCAAACCUUUCUCAAAAGAACCGAGCAUGUUACACUGUGAAUUGUUGUAUAAGUGCUGAUAUGUCGAACAUGACUUUCGUUCUAGCGGACGAUCUUACCAGUGCAGCUAUGUUCAUGCCAGAUGCAAGUGUCAAUGAAAUCAAAAGGUUAGGCACCGAUGGGGGCUGUGCCCAUUAUGGCGAACAUGUCAUUGUUACUUGUCACUCUUUGCAAGACCUGCUUGGUGCUAUAGGGGUGUGGCAGAUUGACUUUUUCUCGUUGGAUGUGGAGGGUGCCGAAUUACACAUUUUGAAAUCUAUUGACUGGGAUAAGGUCUAUGUAGAUGUUUUUCUUAUUGAAACAUACAAAUCAAAAACUAUUAGGAAAAAUAUUAUUGAGUUCAUGAAGAGUGUCAAUUAUGAUCAUAUUGGUAAACUUCUGAUCGAUGACAUUUUUAGAACACAAAAAUAAUGCAAUUGUAAUGCAAACUGAUUUUUUGUUUUGCUGCAUUUAACACCCGUUUAUUAUAUACAUUACUGAUUUAAUUGAUUUAAAGAAACACAUAACUCUAUCAGAAAUGUCAUUUUAAUGACGCACUAUUUUUUUAUAAAGUCAUUUAACCAUCGCGGAUUGACACUUGAAUGUUUUGACUUGACGUCAGCAGAGUGGAAUACGGACCACUGUAUUUUGCGAUAUGUAUCGCGUGUUGAUUUAUAAUGGGUAUAAAAUGAAGAGCAUAAUUGCUCUUAAGUUUUUUUCUGAUAGUCAAUAUUAUGUUGUACAUGAAUGUAAUAGUGAAAUGACAAUACGCUUAAGUAAACGACUAUCGUCAAGCACACACUGGCAUCAGAAUGGCGAAUCUCUUGCAAACCUUUGUAUAAUAUUUGAGCCAGAAGUAGACCACUAGAUUAUUUGAAUAAAAACAAUAAAAUAAAUACAUCAAGUAUUAUCAAUAUGAUAUAAAGUUCACUUGAGAAAGAUUUGCUUUGUUUUACUA